GGAGAAGCAAGCAAUUAAGCAGCAGCAAAGCACGAACAGUCGCGUGAGUCACGAGUCUCGAGUUCUUGGCAGCUAUAGCGGCUGCAUCUUGUACACUCGACUGUGACUCCAUCCACUUGCUACUCCAAGGCCGUCAGCACGCUCACUCCCUGCUUGCAGUACGGAAGCUGCCCUUAUCAUUCCCUUUCUUGCUCGGCGCACGGCGCAACGAAGGAGAUGAGCGACGUAGUGUCCAAAGUCCAGCAAGCGUGGGCGAUUCCCAUCCCAGAAAGGAAAGAUCCGCCUGCCCUGCUGCGCACAGCUACCUUUGCCGUCUUCUUCAACGCUUCCAUCAUCCUCACCAACCUGACACAAUUCAUCGCCAGCCCGCUAUACAUUCUUCCCAUCACCAGACCGCUGUACGAGAGCGCCAUCGCGUACACCAAGCUCGGUUUUGGUAGGCUCAUCGUUGCCAUUUCGCAACUAUUCGGACCGACUAGACUGGUGAUCACUUAUCAGAGAGAGGAUGGAAGCGUGGGAGAUGCGAAUGAGAUUCUGAGGAGAGAUAAGAAGGGGGCGUUUCAGGGCUUGCAGCUGCCAAGCAAGAGCGUGUGGAUGUCAAAUCACCAGGUCUACACGGAUUGGCUGUACCUUUGGAAUGUGGCAUACUUUGCUGACCUCGCUGACAGCAUCAUCAUCAUCCUCAAAGAUUCACUCAAAUGGAUUCCCUUUGUCGGCUGGGGAAUGAUCUUCUUCCGCUUCAUCUUUCUCUCGAGAUCGUGGAGCAAAGAUCAGGCGACGCUGGGCAGGCAUCUGCGUUUCAUGUCCAGCGGCGCCAACACCAAGCGAUCGACGGCGUCCAAGCUGCUGCUGCUCAUCUUUCCAGAGGGAACGCUGGUGUCAAAGUUGACCAGACCGACAUCCAGAGCAUUUGCGGAGAAGCAGCGCUUUGCCGAUUGUCGCAAUUUGCUGUUGCCAAGAAGCACAGGCAUCUUGUUUUGCUUGCGCGAGCUGCUCGCACAAACGCCCGACCUGAAGCUGGUAGACUUUACCAUUGGCUAUCCCGGCAUCCCGCCAGCCGGCUAUGGUCAAUCUUACUACACUUUGAGAUCCAUCUUCAUGCAAGGUGUCUCACCGCCGUACGUCCACCUUCAUUUGCGCGUCUCGGAUGCUCAGAGCGUGCCACUCGGAGUCGUCACACCGAUCAAAAACUCUUCGGGCGAAAUGACAGGAGUGCAGGAUGCGACGGACGAGGAAAAGGCUGCAUUCGAUGUGUGGUUGCGGGAGGACCGCUGGAGGAAGAAGGAUGAUCUGAUGGACAGGUUCUACAGAGAUGGAGACUUUGUUGGAGGAAGGCACAAGCGAGAGAGGCAGCAAGCUACUGGUGUUGACAAUUCGGCCGGCAAAGAAAUCUACGUUGCCAAGGACAGCAGCUACGUGGAGAUCCCUGUGCACCUCCGAGGAUUGCGGGAGAUUGGAGACUUGUUCUGCUGGUUCACGCCCGUCUUUGCAAGCUUUGCCUCCUGGCAUGCCUAUCAGUACCUUGCGCGACGGUCGUGAUGCUAUGACGGUCGCCUCUGUGCUGUACAUGUGUAUUUAUGCCCCCUCUUUGAGCACAGCCAUCAGCUAGCUGUACCACAUUGCAAUGUGAAUGACAUGUCCGCUGCAGGUGUCCACAGAUCAGAUCUUCGGCCCUGCAUGCUGA